AUUUUUGCCCCGAAAGCUCAAUCAUCAUCGCUAGGGUUUUUUUUGGGUUGCCUCGCAGUUCUCUCUAUUCGUUACCUUCUUGCAGCCAUGCCUCGCCGAAGCUCCGCAGGAAGACCGGCUCCUCGGCCAGCUCCACGACCUGCUCCUGUGAGGAAUCCCCCUCAACCAGCUGUAAAUCAUGCUCCUCCUCCAGCUCCGCUCCACGGUGGUGGAUCUAUGCUUGGAGGGAUUGGCUCUACUAUAGCUCAAGGCAUGGCUUUUGGCACGGGGAGCGCUGUUGCUCAUCGGGCGGUGGAUUCUGUUUUUGGUCCUCGAACUAUUCAGCAUGAAACUGUAGCUUCUCAAGUUCCUGAAGCUGCUUCCAUUCCAGUGGGAAAUGCUGGUGGUGUUGAUGCAUGCAGUGUUCAUUCAAAGGCCUUCCAGGAUUGCAUCAAUAACUAUGGGAGCGACAUCAGCAAGUGCCAGUUCUAUUUAGACAUGUUGACUGAAUGCCGUGGAUCUUCUGCUUCGGGACUACUGAAUGCAUGAGGUUCACCAAAUUACUAUUGCCAUUCUGCUUCUGAAACCCAUGAGGUCUAGUACCAGUACUCAUCCUUAUUAUGCUUAUUAAAUCUGCUCUGUUAUCCGAAAUACUAAAAAAAAACUAUUUACUUCCAAAGUUUUAAGUCUGGUGCCUCUGUGGACCCCUUUGCACAACUGCUGCUGCUCAUUUUCAUCAUAUUUGCUUAAAUAAUGUGUUUUGUUUGUACCUCAAUGGUUGGUAAAUCUUCCCAUGCGCAUCUUAUCAUACAUUUUUAAUUGGUUGAUUCA